AUUCAUCGAUCUCUCUUUCAUGGAGUAUAUAUAUUUCUCUUUAAAUUCAUUCAUGCAUAUCUUUUUAGUUUAAGCAGUAGAAUUCGUCGUGUGAUUUAGGAAGAGAGAAUUUAUCGUCUUUUCCGAUGGAAAAAUCCAGAAAACAAAAGCAACAACGGAUGGGAAUAUAUGAUGCUGUGAUAAAAAAUGGUGGUGAUAUUGAUAGAUUGCCUGAUGAUUUAUUGAUUAACAUUCUGUCACACAUGAGCAUCAAGAGAGCUGCGAGGACUAGUGUCCUCUCACAUAAAUGGAGAUAUCUUUGGAGGUUUUCCCAUGGGACUCUUCGAUUCGAUGGAAAACUAAUGGAAAAGGAAAAGUUGGAGUCUUGGGUGAAUGGUGUGCUGGAUCUUCAUCAAGCUCCAUAUGUUGAGGGCAUGAUCAUUAGCGUUGAGGGAGGGGUCGAGCGCAAUCAGAAGGCAUAUGCAUCUACGUCUCGUGCAGUUGAGAGAUGGUUGAAUUUUGCUAUGCAAAAGGAAGUGCAAAGGUUGGAAUUGAAUCUCUUGUAUGAAGAUAAAUACAAGGAACACCUAUGGUCUCGAUAUCCAUUCCCAAGUCUUGAGGAGUUAAGAUCAUAUUCACAUUCACAUUCAUUUUGCCGCCUGAGAAGCCUUAGAUUGUCCCAUGUUAAUAUCACAACCGACGUGGUUCAUCAUUUUCUAGCAUCGUGUCCCGAUCUUGAAGAGUUAUGCAUACAGUUUUCUUACCACAUGAUGGAGGAUCUUCGAGUUGUUGAUCCACCAAGCUUGAGAGUUUUGGAGAUAACCACAUGCCCCUAUGUCGAGAGUGUGGAGAUAUCUGCUGCGAGUCUCGUCUCGUUAACAUAUGGAGGACCCGCAGACAGCUUGCUGUUUAAAGAUUAUAGAGAUGAGAAAAGCAGCUUGCUGGUGAAAAAAGCUCCGAAUCUUCGUGAACUAUGUAUUACAGGUGAUCCGUGUUUGUUCUUUGUUCUCGAGCCCCAGAGCUAUUCCGUUCAGCUGGAGAAGCUUGUAUUGGAUAUUCAAUUUGAGGUUGACAGUAGAAUAUUAUUUUGGGUUGCUGCUGAUUUGCCUCGAUUCUGCUCUCUCAAACGGCUGCAAGUUUAUGCUCAUACAAGAUAUGAUUCACUCUUUAACUUGUUCAAAUCAUUGAUUGAGGCAUCUCCACUCUUAUGCGAGUUUAGGAUUGAGCUGGGCUACUCGGAAGAACCUUAUGAUCCAGGUAGGUACGGACUGAUUCCUGGGAAAUUCGUUCAUAGAAAUCUGAAGGUGGUUGAAGUGGGCGGCUACGCUGGAUAUGGUUAUGCAGAAGAAUUGCUGGUGGCAUUGAUUUGGAGCUGUCCAUCACUUGAGAGGGUUGCCAUUCAUAUUCCCACUGAUUUCUUUGAUAAGCCUCACGUUCGGGGCUUCAUUAACAAGUGCAGGCGGUGUAAAAACGUUGUGCCUUUUGCAACCUCACGCGAGGAAGCAAAAGGACGCGCCCAACGUUUCAUAGCCAAAACACGGAAGCACAAGCCGAAGCUGCAGGAGUGGAAGCAGUGGCAAUGGGAGCGCCUUGAAUUCAUCGUAACAUUAAUUUGAAUCUAUUUAUCUGCCAUUUUGAUUAUUCUUUGGAGUAUUAUUACUACAUCUCAUACAUUGUGUUUUAAGUUAAUUAUUCUUUGGAGUAUUAUUACUACAUCUCA